AUGUCGGGCACCUUGCGUCCUGCCCGGAAGGCCCUGUCGCAUCAACAUUCACACUUCCACUCCGGAACCGCCCACGAUGCGACCGGAGAGCUUCACCGGCGAUCAUCCAUGGCCGUGGAACCAGGGCAACCAGAGCACCCAGGCUUGCUGGACGGGGCAAACGAUGAUGGAGCACCGCCGGGGGGAGAAAACCCCUACGAGCCAGCAACGAACAAUUCGAUCCCACCCCCCCACGAAUAUUCAUUGACGAAACGGCUGCUGCACCUUACAACCUUUUGUGGAGGGGAGAGCUCCUCCGAGGUGCGAAGGAGGUCCAAGUCCCCAGCAGCCAACGCUGCAGACGAAGACGAGAUGGCUACAAUCCAGAUGAACAAUGCCGUUGAAAUCAAGAAGGCAAAUGGGGAAACAUCAACACCCAAAGCCGGCCUGGGACCAAGACCCAUUGGGGGCAACGAAAAGCUGGGAAUGUUCUCUGGCGUCUAUGUGCCGACAUGUUUAAAUGUCCUCAGUAUUCUCAUGUUCUUGAGAUUCGGUUUUAUCCUUGGCCAAAGUGGAGUUCUGGGUAUUCUUGGAAUGCUAAUCUCGGCAUAUGCGAUCAACUUGAUCACCACAUUUUCCCUUUCCGCAAUUGCUUCGAAUGGAACUGUCCGUGGAGGUGGAGCAUACUACCUCAUAUCCAGGUCUCUUGGACCCGAGUUCGGCGGAUCAAUAGGAGUUGUAUUUUACAUGGGUUUCGUCUUCAACACCGGCUUGAAUGCCGUGGGUCUUGUUGACUGCUUCAAACUGAACUUUGGAACGAACACUGGCAACUGGGCAAAUAUAAUGCCCGAAAGUCAGUGGUAUCUUUAUCUUUGGUCAACCGUCGUCUUGGUACUCUGUACAGCCAUAUGCCUUGCUGGCUCAAGUAUCUUCGCUCGUGCUUCCAACGGGCUUUUGGUCAUCCUCAUAGUUGCAACGCUGAGCAUUCCAUUCUCUGCAUUGGUUGUCUCGCCAUUCGAAAGCAGGAAGCUGGGUAUCGACUAUACUGGUCUCAGCUGGCGCACGUUCAAGGGGAACAUGAUGCCCCAGCUCACGAAAGGUGCUGCAGGAAGUCAACUUCGUGGCAAGGAGACCUUUCAAGAUCUGUUCGGCAUUCUGUUUCCCGCAACUGGAGGUAUAUUCGCAGGCGCCAGUAUGUCUGGAGAUCUCAAAAAUCCCAGCAAGUCGAUCCCGAAAGGGACGCUCUAUGGUCUCGGUACCACUUUCGUUCUGUACACGCUUGUAAUAUUGGCGAUGGCUGCAACCAUCACUCGUUCGUCAUUCGUCCGAAACGCCAAUGUCAUCCAAGAUACCAAUGUUUCUGGUCUUGUUAUUCUGGCUGGCGAAUUUGCAAGCGCUUUCUUCUCGACGCUGAUGGGUGUGAUUGGGUCAGCAAAGCUGCUGCAGGCACUGGCGCGAGAUAACUUGCUCCCUGGGUUCUCCAUCUUUGGACAGGGAACGGAGAAUGGCGACGAGCCAACGUAUGCAAUCAUUGCAACAUACAUUGUGGCUCAGGUCACCAUGCUCUGCGAUCUGAAUCAGAUCGCAUCUUUCGUUACAAUGACUUAUCUUAUGACAUUCUUGGUGAUGAACUUGGCCUGCUUUCUUCUAAAGAUCGGCUCAGCGCCAAACUUCCGACCAUCCUUCCAUUUCUUCAAUUGGCAGACCGCAUUUAUCGGGACGAUCGUCUCAGCAGUGGCCAUGUUCUUCGUUGAUGGCCUCUACGCAGCUUCCUGCGUCGGUAUCCUGGUCAUUUUAUUUCUCAUCAUUCACUACACAAGUCCGCCAAAGAGCUGGGGAGACGUGUCCCAGAAUCUCAUCUACCACCAAGUCCGAAAGUAUCUUCUUCGCUUAAGACAAGAGCAUGUGAAGUUCUGGCGCCCUCAAAUUCUCUUGUUCGUCAAUGAUCCUCGCCGACAAUAUAAGCUGAUCCAGUUCUGCAACUCAAUGAAGAAAGGCUCGUUAUAUAUUCUCGGCCAUGUUAUCGUUACCGACAACUUUGGCGGCUCUGUCCCGGAAGCUCGUAGACAACAAGCAGCGUGGACAAAAUACAUUGACUUCUCGAAGAUCAAGGCUUUUGUUAACAUUGCCGUCUCCCCCGGAGUUGAAUGGGGUGCUAGAAAUAUCGUGCUAAACUCAGGACUCGGUGGCAUGAGACCUAACAUCGCUGUUCUCGGAUUCUACAAUCUUGAUGAUUUGAGAAGAAACAGGCCACUGAUUGACAUCGACUCUCCUCAAUCAUCAGAGCCCAGCACCUCUGACGGCGAGCGGAGGGCCAUUACACGACAAGAUAGCAAAGAGACCAAGAUGACUGGUACUUUGCCGACCGAUACCUGCAAAACGGAAGCGAUGAUGUCCGUAACGAGCUAUGUGACGAUUCUCGAGGAUCUGCUCUUAAGACUUCAGAUUAACGUUGCCGUUGCAAAGGGCUUCUCUUCACUGGAAUUUCCGCAUGCUGAGGGAGGAUCCAAAAAAUACAUCGACCUGUGGCCGAUUCAAAUGUCGGCAGAGAUCGCCGGGGAUGGAGACGAAAAUAAGCAGAAUGUUUUGACAACAAACUUUGAUACUUACACUUUAAUCCUGCAACUCGGUGUUAUCCUGAAUACAGUCCCCGCCUGGAAGAAAGCCUACAAACUUCGAGUUGCGGUAUUUGUCGAGUACGAAAGCGACGUCGAUGAAGAACGAGGUCGAGUUCAGUUGUUGCUCGAGAAUUUGAGAAUAGAAGCAGAAGUAUUGGUCUUCUGGCUAGCCUCUGGUGAAUUGAAAACUUACGAGAUCAUCGUCAAUGGGUCGAGCCUCGGUCAAGAAGCAGAAGAAGAGGUCGAAGAAUGCCUGAAUGGUCAGGAGUGGUGGGACGAGCUGCAGAAAAUUCGAGGCAAGCGAGGACCGACGUCCGGGACAGAUGAUCUGUCAGAGAUUGCUAGCAUCUAUACUGUUGGUUCGAACUGGCCUGAAGCUUCUUUUCAACAAGGCCCCAGAGGGGAGAGAGUUGAACGAUUCCUAGGUCUUCGGAGACUGUUGAAGAAGUCGAAAAGGAAGCACACAAUGAGUGGGUUAACAAAGCUAGGCGUAAGCUUAGGUAUGAGGACACAUCGACUGUCCGACAGCCUUCUCAAGGCUGGCAACAUGAGUGCCAGUGAAGACUCAGACAGCGGUCUCGAAGACAGUGACUCCGAAGCAGUGGCGUCAGAAGCGGCGUCGGAAGCAGAUAUGGAUGACUACGAGUCCGAUCACCAUUCUCCGUCUCCGGAGCGGUCAAGAUUAAAGAGGAGAAGAAGUCAUGGAGACACAAUGAGAGGUCCUCCACCUUCCAAAAAAUCGACCGGAGAGCGAGAAGUCAAAGUCCCGGACCGGGUUCCAAGAAAAUCGAUUCUGCCUAUGAGCAACAACGGGAUCACAUCAGUACCUCACAUUAAGAGCACAGACUCCGACGCUGUACACAAGAAAUCCAACUCCAACUCCGGCCUCACGACCAACCUUAAAGCAUCUUCGGAAACGGGUAGCAAACCGGGUUCGCUCAAGGAGCAGAAAUCCCCAAAAUCUGACGCAUCAAAGAUCAUUCGCCCUUUGUCCGCCCAAUCUGAACGUCCGCCUCUCUCUCGCCAUGCUUCCCAGCCAAAAUUCUCGUCAAAGCCCGUCCCUAUGACUCGGGUCGCAACUGAGGAUGGUCCCGGUCCCUCAAUAAUGUUCACAUACACGCCGUCUCCACCUCCUCGCCGGAACACCCGCCUUCCAUCUGCUUACAACCCGACCUCCUCUUCUGCGCUCCCCUCCCACAUCGAAGACCCCGAGCCUCCUCCUCCCCAACCCUCAGACAAUAAAACUCGUUCCCGCCGCGGCUCAACCUACUCGACGCAGGGCGUCCCCCUCAGCUUUAACGACCUGCCAUGUCGAGCUCAACAUCUGAUCCUGAAUGAAUUAAUGCGCAGUAAGAGUAAGCACACGGCAGUUAUGUUCACGACACUGCCGUCUCCGGUGGAGGGGACUAGCGCGAGCGAGGAGGCGAGUGCGACUUACCUGGGAGAUUUGGAGGUGUUAUGUAGGGGCUGCCCGCCGGUACUGAUGGUGCAUAGUAAUAGCAUGACUGUGACAAUGAGUUUAUAA